UACAACAACCAUAUCUCUAACUCGUUUUGUAACUGGGUUUGACUGUAGCAUCCCCUAAUGCCAGCUAGUUGACCGAGAGCCAACUGCUUUUAGCUUAGCCCCGCUAGCCGGUCAUGUUAGCAACUGGUAGUAAAAGGCUGCUGCUCAGGAGCUAAAGGUGUUUUUUUUUAUAGAAAACAUGACACACGAGUGAAGUUUUUUUUUUUUACUUUUAACGCUACGUGUCAUAUUUCCCAUCUCAGUCAGCAGCUGUAGCUCCGAGCUGACUAUGCCAUGUGUCUGUAAAUACAACUUAAAGGUCAAGUGUUUAAGUUUUAGGUGAAAGAGAUUCAUCGGCAAAAAUUGAAUAUAACAUUAUUUCCGUGAUGUUUUCAGUCGUGUGUUUCAUCUAAAUUGGACGAAAUGUUGUUUUCUUUGACCUAAAAUGGGCCCUUUGUAUUUAAAUACUUGAUAUUUACAUUGGGGUCCUCUACACAGAGGCCACCAUGUUAUUCACAGUUGUCCAAACUAAACACAUGUUGUGAGUUUUAAUGACAUCAGAAGGCUACCACAGGUUUCUGUCAUGUUUGGAAAGUGAGGGUGAGGUGAGGGGUGUUCCGCUGCAACAUGAAACUUUACCACUUGAUGUCAUUAAAUUCUACACACUGGACCUUUAACUCCUCAUCAGAGUCACACAGUGACCUGUGCAGCAAACUGCCCCUCCCGUCCGCCUGUGCUCUGCUGGUUCUGCUCGGGGUGUUUUGGGGACAGUCAGUGUUUGAUGUGUCAGUGCUCAGGUCCCUGACAUCUGCUAUCUGUGCAUCAAUUUGUCAACUGUGGAGACAUUUUGUCCCUCAGAUGCUGACGAUUAAAAACAACAACAACAAAGUAGUAUCCCGGCUGGCCUUGAUCUAGACUCAUCCUCGUCUCUCACACACACACACACUCACCACACACACCGAACACAAAACAAAACAGACGCACACAUACACAUACACCAAGUCGUGACUCCACUUCAGAGAAGAUUACAUUUACUUACGUCGACUUACAUUGAUUUCCCGGAGACCCUAACCACAGUUACUUACUUCUUGCCUAACCAGAACCUAAACCUUAACCGAAACUCCAACUGAAACUUGAACCGAAACCAAACCAUGAAAACCUAUCUUCACCUAAAAGUGGAUUUACAUUGGUGACUUGCUUUUUGUCCCCAAGUCUUCUUAAUGUGACUAUGUACACAGAUGUAGGUCCCCACAGCAUGAGUAAUGGUUGAACCUUGGGUGAUCUCGGGCUCCUCAGUCAGAACUAUCAGUCACAGUCUGGCUCAUAGGUUUCAGGAAACUGGCUCUCCAGGCAGUCAUCAGUUAUUCAAUCAACAACUAUUGUAACUAACACAAAAUGCAGCUAUUGUAAAUUGUUUUUGUUUUAUUGCAGCUUGCUCAUUAUACCACAGCUUGCAUGCUUUCCUAUUAAUACAAAUAUGCUUCAGCUUUAUCACCACUGGCUGUUUGUUUGUCGGUUUACGCAAAAGCUACUUGACGGAUUACCAGAAAACUUGGUGGAAGGAUGUGGUUCAAUCAGGGAAGAAUCAAAUAUGUGCAAUAGAUAAAUGGAUCAACAAUACAUUGAGUUAGGAUUGUAGAUGCAAAUACAUUUUAGUGAUUCAAAUAAUUGUCAAAGUUGUAGGGCAGCUCUGGUGAACCAAAGGCCUUUAUUUUAUUGAUCAUCAUGAUCAAAAUCUCUCUAGCUCCACCAAGGACUUUUAAUGCAACAGCUUCUGAUGCCUGCAGGCUGUUUAGAGUUGAUUCUCAUGCAGUGCUUUUGUUCCAUUCAGUUCAAGUUGUGUCUGCAUCACACGGCUCUGCUCCGACGAUACUCACAUCCAGGCUCAUCGCUCCAAGCAACCAGAUUCUUCAGUUCCCACAGGGAAGGUAAACGCAGAGGGUUGCUAUGGAAGACACUUGUUGGGGUCACUGUGGGCGUACCGGUGGCUGUGGGAGUCCAGUAUGCUCUGUCAGAGCCCAGAGAGAGGAGGAAGAUGAGGAUUGUUAUUGAAGGAUUUGGUCGCUUCUGCAGAUCUCUUUCUGUGGGACUGCUUAUCUCUGUGGAUUACUGGUGGACCUCCAACGUAGCUUUGCAUGGCCUGAACGAGAGCAGCCCAUCUUACUUGGCCGAGAUGUCCGCCUGCCACCAGAGGGCGGCAGACAACAUGGUGGAAGGCGCCGUCAGGAACGGAGGAAUAUACAUCAAGCUCGGCCAAGGUCUGUGUUCCUUCAACCACCUCCUGCCCCCCGAGUACAUCCGCACCCUGCAAAUACUGGAAGACAAGGCCUUGAACAGGAGGUACAAAGAGGUUGACGCUCUCUUCCAAGAGGACUUCAACAAAGCCCCAGAGCAGCUGUUUAAAACAUUUGACCCUGAACCUAUAGCUGCUGCCAGCCUGGCACAGGUUCAUAAAGCAGAACUGUUUGAUGGGACUCCGGUCGCUGUGAAGGUGCAGUACAUUGACCUCAGGGACCGAUUUGAUGGUGACAUCAGAGCUCUGGAGAUCCUGCUGGAUAUUAUUAAAUUCAUGCACCCCACGUUUGGGUUCCGCUGGGUUCUUAAGGACUUGAAGGGCACAUUGGCCCAAGAGCUGGACUUUGAGAACGAGGCCAGGAACUCCGAGAGGUGUGCGAAAGAGCUGACACACUUCAAAUUUGUCGUUGUGCCCAAAGUCUACUGGGAGCAAACUAGUAAGAGGGUGUUGACGGCAGAGUUUUGCAACGGUUGCAAAAUUAACAACGUGGAGGAUAUUAAGAGACAAGGGUUGAGUUUGAAAGAUACUGCAGAUAAACUGAUUCGAACAUUUGCUGAGCAAAUAUUCUACACUGGUUUCAUCCACGCUGACCCUCACCCUGGAAAUGUUCUAGUGAGACGAGGGCCCGAUAACAAGGCAGAGUUGGUGCUGUUGGACCAUGGACUGUAUGAAUACCUCAGUCAACAUGAUAGAGUGGCCCUUUGUAAACUGUGGAGAUCCGUUGUCCUACGAGAUGAGGUGGCAAUGGCGAAGUACUCGAAAGCACUUGGGGUCAAAGAGUACCUCCUCUUCUGUGAGAUGCUGCUGCAGCGACCCAUCAACAUGGGGGAGUUCGGACUGUCCAACAUCCUGAGCCGAGAGGAGACGACCUACAUGCGCGACAUGGCCGUGCACCGCUUCGGGAGCAUCAUGCAGGUGCUGAAGUCGAUGCCGAGGCCCAUGCUGCUGGUGUUCAGGAACAUCAACACAGUGCGAAGCAUCAACAUCACGCUGGGAGCGCCGGUGGACCGCUACUGUGUCAUGGCAAAGAGUGCGGUCCGAGGCUGGGGGAAGAUCCAGGCAGAGCAGGCAGGGCUCCUGCCCCGGCUCUGGGUGUUCCGCUGGGUCAGGACCACGUGGGAGAGCCUCAGGUUUGAGCUGGCGUUGAGAUCAGAGAUGGCGAUGAUGAGUGUGACACGCUCGCUCCUGAGCGUGCUCUCAUACUUUGGUCUUCUAUCUCUGGACGCCGACAUGUAUGAAUACCUGAGGUAGUGCACGGCUACGCCACUUUGAGGCAACAGAGGACAAAUACCGUUUUCCAAGGACAAUUUCAUGCAAUCCAACAAGGAGCCUUUUCUCACUGGCAGCUCGGAGUGCUGCUCGAGUGUUCCUCACAACAAAUAGCAUUUGGACCUGAUGUCUUCACACCAGGUGGGAACAUAUUGAACUUCAGCGUGACAGUGAAGUCUCAGACUUCUCUCCAGAGUUCCACAUUUUAAAAACGCCUUUUUUAAUGAUUUUUAAGUUAAAGAAUUUUACUUUUAAUAUUCAGCUUGUUUAGAGCGUAAUCAUAGUUACAUUCAAUUAAAAUAUAAAACAUCUUUAAUUACAUUUCAUGUUGUUUUUUAGCAGCUGCAUCAUUCUGGCUAUGCAACUCAUCAAACAGAAUUCCUUAAGUAAUGAAAGAGUAUACUUAUUCCCAUUGGAGUAAGACACUUUGAUUUCAAAAAGGUUAAAGAUAUAAUGUAUGAAUGUUCAAAUUUUACUAUACUGUGCAGGUUUAAUCCUUCUAAAUAAUAACAGCCUCGAUUGUGUGGAGUUUGCCUUUCACACAUUCACAACACAGACGCGUUCACAACAGCAACAACGCCUUUAGCGUUAUUCAGGCAAGAGGUGGAACAGCCGAGUGAAGCAGGCAGAGACAGGAAGUGAAAUAUUUACUCCGCAGCUGAGAUCAUGUGAUUUUGUUUACAGCACCGAGACACUUUGUAUGUGUCUUCUCCGUGUGGGACUUUGCUUUUCUGCGUCUGUAGCUUGAUUGAAGCGUCAUCAACCCCCCCCUUCCAGAGUCUGGUGCAUGUCUGAAAGCGGCUUAAGUGAGUGUAGCAGCUUAAGUGAGUGUGACUCAUCAGCUAUGGGUGUGGUCCGAAUGUAGUGAGUGCUGUGUAUCUAGAAGUGAACUCAGAGAGCAAGUACCUCCACCAAGGCAAACGCCCUGUUUUGCAACGUUAAAGGCAGGGUUGGGGAUCCUCUGGAGGUUGGUUGAUGACAUUUUUAACACACGAUGAACAUAAAACUGAAAAAAUACAUUCUUCCUAUAAAAUGAAUUGAUUCGCCGGUGUAUGUUUUUUCACUAACCAACCCGCCCCUUGCUCUCACUGCGUACUACUACUGUCUUAAGUCAGAGAAACAUGCAUCGCUGACCAGAAGUUAGCACAGAAAAGUAGUCUUCUAGCAGUUGUCAAUGCACAUACGUGUUUUGGAGAGAAGCUUUGACGAGGGGGGCCGAUGGGACUUCAAAAGAUUUCAUAGAAAUCUGUUAAGUUUUUUUAGUUCUUGUGUAAUCCUGCUGACAGACGAAUAAAACCUCCUUGGCAGAGGGAAUAAUGUUAUGCAUACUGACUGCUCAUUGGUCGCCACGUCAACAUGUGACCUCACCGAAUGAUCUCUGUUUUAACCUUUAAUAAAUCUUCUACCUCCUG